AUGGCAGCCACAGACUCUACUUCCCAGAUCCCCCCCAACAAGGACAAUGAAUCUCAAAACGAACCCCCAACACCAACAAAUCCCCCCACAAAACGCAAAAUCCAACCAAACCGCGGUCACGAGAUCACCAUCAAAACCAUCAAAUCCCCACCAUGGAGCUACAUCCAGCUUUCCUUAACCAGCUCCUCCCAAUUGAAAGCACAACAACCAGUCCUAGACGAACUAACCGCGAAAUCAUAUCUCACGUCCGCGUUGACACAAUUCCUGGGAUUGCAUGGCCAAGCGAUCUCGAUUGAUUUCUUGAAGGUGGAGGGGCAGCAAGUGUGGAUUCGGGUGCCACGAGAAGAUCGGGCGCCGGUGUUGGCGGCGGUAGGAGGAUGGAAUGGGCAUGGUGAGGGGGAAGAGAGGGUGGGUUGGACUGUUAUUGGUGCGUCGAAUUGGUUGGGGAGUUUGGUGGUGAGGGAUGGGGAGGGUGCUGUUUGGGAUGGGUGA